CGGGAUUUGAGAAUUUGGCGCAAUCCCCCGCCUUAGGGGUGGGGUCUUAUUUGAUUGCCAAGUAAUAUUCCCCAAUGGAGUCCUAGCUUAUGGUGACGGGCAGGCUGCUUGACUAAUGAGUCCUCGGCGUGGCCGGCGCAGCUCUCCAAUCGCUGGGCGGCGGGCCCCAGUCUGAGCGGCGAUGGCGGCGGCGGCGGCGGCGGCAGCAGCAGCGGGGGCUGCGGGCGGUCGGGGCUCCGGGCCGGGGCGGCGGCGCCAUCUUGUGCCCGGGGCCGGUGGGGAGGCCGGGGAGGGGGCCCCGGGGGGCGCAGGGGACUACGGGAACGGCUUGGAGUCUGAGGAACUGGAGCCUGAGGAGCUGCUUCUGGAACCCGAGCCGGAGCCCGAGCCCGAAGAGGAGCCGCCCCGGCCCCGCGCCCCCCCGGGAGCUCCGGGCCCUGGGCCUGGCUCGGGAGCCCCCGGCAGCCAGGAGGAGGAGGAGGAGCCGGGACUGGUCGAGGGUGACCCGGGGGACGGCGCCAUUGAGGACCCGGAGCUGGAAGCGAUCAAAGCUCGAGUCAGGGAGAUGGAGGAAGAAGCUGAGAAGCUUAAGGAGCUGCAGAACGAGGUAGAGAAGCAGAUGAAUAUGAGUCCACCUCCAGGCAAUGCUGGCCCAGUGAUCAUGUCCAUUGAGGAGAAGAUGGAGGCUGAUGCCCGUUCCAUCUAUGUUGGCAAUGUGGACUAUGGUGCAACAGCAGAAGAGCUGGAAGCACACUUUCAUGGCUGUGGUUCAGUCAACCGUGUUACUAUACUUUGUGACAAAUUUAGUGGCCAUCCCAAAGGGUUUGCAUAUAUAGAGUUCUCAGACAAAGAGUCAGUGAGGACUUCUUUGGCCUUAGAUGAGUCCCUAUUUAGAGGAAGACAGAUCAAGGUGAUCCCAAAACGAACCAACAGACCAGGCAUCAGCACAACAGACCGGGGUUUCCCACGAGCCCGAUACCGUGCCCGGACCACCAACUACAACAGUUCCCGUUCUCGAUUCUACAGUGGUUUUAACAGCAGGCCCCGGGGUCGCGUCUACAGGGGCCGGGCUAGAGCGACAUCAUGGUAUUCCCCUUACUAAAAAAAGUGUGUAUUAGGAGGAGAGAGAGGAAAAAAAGAGGAAAGAAGGAAAAAAAAAAAAAGAAUUAAAAAAAAAAAAAAGAAAAACAGAAGAUGACCUUGAUGGAAAAAAAAAUAUUUUUAAAAAAAAAAAGAUAUACUGUGGAAGGGGGGAGAAUCCCAUAACUAACUGCUGAGGAGGGACCUGCUUUGGGGAGUAGGGGAAGGCCCAGGGAGUGGGGCUGGGGGCUGCUCAUUCACUCUGGGAAUUCGCCAUGGACACGUCUCAACUGCGCAAGCUGCUCCCCGUUUCCCUGUCCCCCUUCACCCCCUUGGGGGCUGCUCAAGGGUAGGUGGGCAUGGGUGGUAGGAGGGGUUUUUUUUUACCCAGGGCUCUGGAAGGACACCAAACUGUUCUGCUUGUUACCUUCCCUCCAUCUUCUCCCUAACUUUCACAGUCCCCUCCUGCCUGCUCCUGUCCUGCCAGGUCUACUACCCACCCCACCCCUCUUUUCUGGCUCCCUGCCCCUCCAGAUUGCCUGGUGAUCUAUUUUGUUUCCUUUUGUGUUUCUUUUUCUGUUUUGAGUGUCUUUCUUUGCAGGUUUCUGUAGCCGGAAGAUCUCCGUUCCGCUCCCAGCGGCUCCAGUGUAAAUUCCCCUUCCCCCUGGGGAAAUGCACUGCCUUGUUUUGGGGGGUUUUGGGGUGUUUUUUGUUUUUCAGUUUUUUGUUUUGUUUUGUUUUUCUUUGCCUUUUUUUCCCUUUUAUUUGGAGGGAAUGGGAGGAAGUGGGAACAGGGAGGCGGGAGGUGGAUUUUGUUUAUUUUUUUAGCUCAUUUCCAGGGGGUGGGAGUUUUUUUUUAAUAUGUGUCAUGAAUAAAGUUGUUUUUGAAAAUAAAAAUUGUUUGGCCUUU